AUGCAGAAACCUCGCGAUUUCUCCCGCGUGAAUCUUCUGGAAAUGGCUCGAUACAUCCAACGUACUGAAGGGCCCGAGCGGAGGAUCGUCCUGGUGGGCAAAACCGGGAACGGGAAAAGCGCGACGGGAAACACCAUCCUGGGAAACAGAUUGUUUCACGCGGCAGCGUCGCCUAAGUCCGUCACCGUGAAUUGCACGAAGAAGGAGGCGUCGUUGAACGGCAGUAAGGUUGUGGUGGUCGACACGCCGGGCUUUUUCGACACCAAGAUUCCGGCGCACAUAACGGUGGAGGAAGUGAAGAAGUGCGUGGAGUUGUGUGCCCCGGGCCCGCACGUCAUCGUGCAGGUGGUUCGGCCAGGCCGCUUCUCCCAAGAGGAGAAGGACGUGGCAGAGCUGAUCAAGGAGAUCUUCAGCCUCAACGCCAAGAAUUACAUGAUCCUCCUGUUCACCCGGAAAGAUGACCUGGAAGGUAAAACUCUGGAGGAGUUCAUCUCCGAGGACGAUUCCUGUCUUCAGGAUCAAGUGACGGAAUGCAGGUCCCGGAUCCUGGCUUUCGACAACAAGGCCAAAGGGAAAGAACGCGAGGACCAGGUGGCCCAGCUGAUGAGCAUGAUUGAUAAGCUGGUCUACAUGAACCGCGAGGCUCCGUGUUACACGGAAGACAUGAUGAAGAAAGACGCAGAGGCUGCGCUACGGAUGAGGAGGAGGGCGGCCUGGGCAAGCGAGGAGGCCACGUCGUCGGGCAUUCGGGGGACCCUCGGCCUUUGUGGGCCCCCCACGGCGGCCCCUCGGAGGGAGUACGUCCAAAGGUCCGACAACUGGAAUCUGCAGGAUCUGAUCCGGCAGUGCGGGAACCGCUUCUGCGGCUUCAACAACAAGGCCGCCGGAGCUGAGCGGGAGAGGCAGGUCAUGGAGCUGAUGAAGACGGUGCAGAGAACCAUCUUCCAGAACGGGGGGCGAUGCUAUGUCAACCAGCUGUACGGGGAGCCCAGCUUACGGGACGAGCACGUCCGAUCUUUCGUGACCAAGAACAGAAGAGAGAGGACCUGGACUAAGCCACAGCAACGCAUGACCGGGUGGCGAUCUGUGCUGUGA